GGGGCUCGGACGAGUUGCUGAGCCAGACAGGCGGUGCCGUUAGCAAUGGAGGCGCUAUGAGCCCUCAGCCCAACCACACAGACAACAACAAUGACGCCAAAAAGGCCAAGCUGGACAAAUCGAACGGCGCGACGAGAGAGAACAAGCCAUCAAAGGUGAUACACAUCCGCAAUAUCCCCAAUGAGGUCACUGAGGCGGAGAUCAUCCACCUUGGCAUCCCCUUCGGCCGAGUCACCAACGUCCUGGUGCUCAAGGGCAAGAACCAGGCUUUCCUGGAGAUGGCGGACGAGGUGGCCGCGUCGACCAUGGUGACGUAUUUCACGUCAUGCAUGGCGCAACUGCGAGGCCGCGCUGUCUAUGUGCAGUUCUCCAACCACAAGGAACUAAAGACUGAUCAGACGCACAGCAAUGCGAACGCGUCAGCCCAGGCCGCCCUACAAGCCGCCCAAGCUCUCUCUGGCCAAACAGACACCCAGGGCGGGCCUAACACUGUACUCAGGGUCAUCAUCGAACAUAUGAUGUACCCCAUCACACUAGAGGUCCUCUACCAAAUUUUCUCUCGGUUUGGAAAAGUUUUGAAAAUCGUAACCUUCACCAAAAACAAUUCGUUCCAAGUGCUUAUCCAGUACCCAGAUGUUGUCACAGCUCAGUCAGCUAAACUAUCUCUGGACGGUCAGAACAUCUACAACUCAUGUUGUACACUGCGCAUCGAAUACUCCAAACUGUCCAGUCUCAACGUUAAGUACAACAACGACAAGUCCAGGGACUACACCAACCCUUCGCUGCCCAACGGGGAGACGGGGCUUGACGGGGUUGCGCUGUCCGAGCAGUUGUUACCUCAGCUAUUACUAGGCGGGGGCAGUCCGGCGCUACAGGCAGCGCGGCGAAGUCUCACACAGGGCGACCACAACAGACUAGCAGAAAUUCAGUCGUGGAUAGCUGCAAUGAACAAUGGCGUCAUCGCUCCAAACCUCAACCUGGAAAGGGCUCAGGGUGUUCUUGCGUCCCCAUUCACCCCUCUCCACGGGCUAGGAUCCCCGUUAGCUGCCCCUUACGCUGGUUCGCCCGUCGGAGGAGGCAUACCCUUGGCGGGGUUCACCCCACUUGCGGGGGGCAAUGCUGCAUUGGCUGCUGCGGGGGGCAUGAGACUAGCGGGGGCCAUGGCUACCACCUGUGUACUACUCAUCGGCAACCUGAAUGAGGAGGUCAUCACCCCCGAUGCGCUAUUUACUCUGUUCGGAGUGUACGGGGAUGUGCAGAGGGUAAAGAUCCUUUACAACAAGAAGGACAGCGCCCUUAUACAGAUGGCAGAGCCCCACCAGGCACAGCUAGCGAUGACUCACCUCGAUAAGCUCAAGUUGUACGGCAAGCAGAUGAGGGUGAUGCCCUCCAAACAUCAGACAGUACAACUGCCCAAGGAAGGACAGCCCGAUGCAGGACUCACCAAGGAUUACACCUCCUCCAACCUGCAUCGCUUCAAAAAACCUGGCUCUAAGAACUACCAGAACAUCUACCCUCCUUCAGCAACCCUGCAUCUCUCCAACAUUCCGUCAACUGUCACUGAAGAGGAAAUGAAGGAGGCAUUCACCAAACAUGGGUUCACUGUCAAAGCUUUCAAGUUCUUCCCGAAAGACAAAAGGAUGGCUUUAAUACAACUUGCCAACAUGGAGGAUGCUGUAGCUGCACUAAUUAAAAUGCACAACUACCAGCUCAGUGAACAGAAUCACUUGAGGGUAUCUUUCUCCAAAUCCAACAUCUAGAUGACGUAAUUGAAGAAACCGUGUCGUGUUACGGACUUGUUACAUACCUAUCGACAUUCUGAGUUUCUUCACCAGUUUUGUUAUUUUGAUCGAACUCGUACGUUCCCAGUAUUCCGUUAGCCAAAUGUUAGAUGGACUGAAGCCGCAGUUUUCAGGUUUCUAUGUUCGUUUGUUCGGUGACAGUCGAGUGGCACUCGAAGUGGAGUGUUUGUAAAAAGAAGUGAGGUUAAUUAUUAAGAUGUUUUGUAGGGCAUUUUCUGUGUUAUAUCGUUUAUCGUGUAAAAUUAUUUUGUUACUUACUCGGACAACAACACAGAUGUCGAUUAGUUUCUAUAGGUUUAUUAGGGUAAAUGUUUGUAUUAAAUUGAGUUUUCUACGAGAACGCAAUGACAAUGUGCAAAACCGCUUUGUUACGGCUUAGCGAGCCACGAGAUCAGAGUCUAAAUAACUUGGAUUAUACAUAUCGUAUUUUGUAUGAAUUAUUUUAUCAUUAGAAAGAUUAGAGAUUAGGGUAGAGACAAAGAUUGUAGAUCAUAUUAAAGUUGGCUUUGACGCCUGAUUAAUUUCCUGAUUCGGAGUCUCCUACGAUCUUUACUCAAAUUAUCAACUAAUACUUAUUAGCGAUUACCCUUCAGAUUUUUCUAUUGUAUUUUCCAUAAGUGUUUCUGCAAUGGAUUUAAGUGUUUGAGCCCUUGAUUAAAUACAAAGAAGUGUUCUUUAAUCUUGAAUUAAUCAACUACUGUAUUGUUUGUAAUUUUGGGGUAUUUAUCUUUGCCUUCUGUCGCGACUUACACAAACUCUUCACUUCUUACGCUGAACAAGUAUUUCUAUUUCUUAGUGUAUGUAACACUAAACUUGUCGAUUACAUGUUUUAUGGUCGCCGUGGUGAACGAUAUAACUUUUAUAAUCUUAUUCAUGUCUUAAUAAUCUUUAACUAUAAGUAUUUCAAAGUAUUAUUAAUAUUUUUAUCCUACUUAUAAGUGGUUUGUAACAGCUAUUUGUUGAUGAGAUCUGGUUUCAGCUACAGUAGAUUUUAUUAUGAUCAAAUAUUGUUAAAAGUGAGUUAUUUUUGUAAAUGUGUACCGGUACUUAUUAUCAGUUUUUACACAAACCGAUCAAAACGCAACAAAUAGUUGUUAAAUCGUAUCAUUACUUUAUUGUGUUUACACUAAGUUUCAAUACAUUGGUAGGAUUUUGUAUUAUUAUUUAUUUAUUUUUCUUUCCUAGUUGUUGAAGGAAGGCUUGUGUACUAUAAGUUGUGGUGGGAUAUGACGACCCAAACUUCGGGGCCAAAUAAAAAUGUAUGACUCUACUUUGGUAAUCUUAAUUUUACGCAACUGUUGUGUAGUAAAACAGAGCCCGGUAAUGCAAACAUGUUACAAUGCAAAAACAAGAAUAUUAUGUUUGUCUUGAAAAUAUAUUUUUAAAGUAUUUUAAUUUUUACAGUGAUUAUUUAUCGCUUCUUUGAUACAGUCUUGAUUAUUUAGAGCAAUCUGUAUUCAUGAUUUAGGUAGUAUUUUAAAAGUUAUAAAAGAUAAUUGUUUCUCUAGUUUAGGAGAUAAGGUUUUAGGAAAGAGGAGUCAGAACAAGUUAUAAAUAUUGUUAAAAUAAAGAAAAAUAUGUAACGUACAAUCAAUCAAAGGUAUGAACAAAAACCAGAUGAUAAUUAAAAUAUUUAUUGAGAGCAUUUAGUUAAAAUAUUUUUAUAUGUCUUAUAUUUGUACCUUAUUGGGGAACGUAACUAUUCUUUUACAAUACGACCAAUGUUGCUGUAGCUUUAACUAAUCUCAAUCUGCAAAUAUUGUUAAAAAGAUCUGUUUAAUUAACAUUCAAAAUAUUAAUGAUGUUUCAUUUUGUGAUAAACAUGCUCUAAAGCGAUUCAAUACUAUCACCUUGUACCCAGUAUCUAUACUUGUAGAAGCCCUUACGCUUGUAUCAUGGAUGUAUCUUAAUCAAUGGCUGACAAUCAUACUUUGCCCUACUAUAUCUAUCUAUAAUAUACAUAGCCUAUAUCUAUUUUUCGACACGAAGACUCUGUCAAUGUUUUUUGUUUGCCAGCUUCUAGGGGGGUCGUUGCAUAAUGAACGUCGGGUAGUUCUUGUAGUAGUUUAGGUGUGUUUAUAUUAUCUAUUUACCUACAAUUGUUAAUAUGAAGUAGCUUGUAGAGAACAGGGUAGGGAUUAGAUUAGAACCCGUUCCCGCGAGGAUUAUCAUAAUCUAAGUUGAUUUAGUAGUGUUGAAUUCGGACCAAAAAGGUACUCAGGGAGCGAGACAGAUUCGACCACCAGAGUACCCGUAGGACAGGAUUGUUCGUUCGUUCUGGCAUUCAUUAUUUUAUUACAAGUUUAUCGUUGUUGUUUCUUGAAUAGGCUUAUAACAUAUCAUGUAAAGUAUUUAUUUCCCAUGAAACUAGCAAAUAAUUACCGAACAAAGCUUUUUUCUAAAAUUCGGUUCGAUUAUGAACUCUACUGUAAAAUAAAAUUCUUUGUUCUUUUAAUAGUGAUAUAACAAACCUACCCACGUCAAUUUAAUGCUCUACUCAGUUGUAGAGCAAGAUAUAGAACUGUUUUUGCGCAAAACUUCACAAAACGAGUUUUGCAAUUCAUCGCUUAUCGCACACGCAGGGUAUUUUGAAGUUAACAUGUUAUACACUUAUGUUUCAGCAUCUAAAGCAUUUUGUUAUGUAUUGUAGCUAUUUCAGUUUUUUUCUAGACCUAUUCUCUCUGCAUCUGCUGUUCUCUUUUUUCCUUUUCUCUUAUUACUCUUUCUCUCUUACUCUUCUGAUCCCUCUUUCCUCUUCAAUUUGUUUUAUUUGAUUGUAUAUAUAUUAAGGAUUCUCUCUAUUAUUUCAUUUCUCUAUCAUAAAAUUGUGUGUUGUGUGUUGUUAAGAUGUUUUGCUUUAUAAAAUUCAUUAUUCCGC